UCUUUUGACCCGGAAGCUGACGCCAGUCGUGAGCUGUUCCAUUGGUGGAGUAAAGAUGGCUGACCAAGGCGCCGCAGAUCCUGGGAAUAACAACAAUAGUAAAACCGAAGCCUCUGAAGGAACUAUCAUUAAGGUCACAGUAAAAACCCCUAAAGACAAGGAAGAGAUCGCCAUCGCAGAAGAUGCCUCCGUCACCCAGUUUAAGGAAGAGAUCUCAAAGCGGUUUAAAGCCAAACAGGACCAGUUGGUUCUCAUUUUCGCAGGGAAGAUUUUGAAGGAUGGCGACAGUCUCAGCCAACACGGUAUCAAGGAUGGCCUGACAGUUCACCUCGUCAUAAAGACGGCACACAAAGCUGGUGAAGGCAGCAGCAGCAGCACCACAGCCUCCAGUUCAAAUCCCACUCAAACAGGCAGUUCCUCCACCUCUAGUCCAGCAGCCAACCCUUCUACCACAGUAGGUUCUUCUGGCUCAGCCCCACAAUCAACACAGACACCCAAUGUCCUAUCUGGCUUUGGUGACCUGGCAAAUAUGGCAGGACUGGGAAUGAGCUCGGGCAACUUCAUGGAACUGCAGCAGCAGAUGCAGAGGCAGCUCAUGUCCAACCCAGAGAUGCUUUCUCAGAUCAUGGAGAACCCGCUGGUGCAGAACAUGAUGUCCAACCCUGACCUAAUGAGGCAGAUGAUCAUGGCCAAUCCUCAGAUGCAGCAGCUGAUGGAACGCAACCCAGAGAUCUCUCACAUGCUCAAUAACCCAGAGCUAAUGAGACAGACUAUGGAGCUAGCCAGGAACCCAGCCAUGAUGCAGGAAAUGAUGCGAAACCAGGACCGUGCUCUGAGCAACUUGGAGAGCAUCCCAGGAGGUUACAAUGCCCUGCGGAGGAUGUACACAGAUAUUCAGGAACCUAUGUUUAGCGCUGCUAGGGAACAGUUUGGUAACAACCCAUUCUCGGCUCUCGGUGGUGGCUCUGAGUCUGGUGCCCAGCCAUCUCGAACAGAGAACCGUGAGCCUCUGCCAAAUCCAUGGGCCCCACCAAAUUCUUCUAACCCCCCUGAGAAUGGAGGCAGCACCCCAGGAAGUGGGAGCAACAGCACCACAGGUGGCACCAAUCCUACUGUGUCCAACCCUCUGGGCAUCAGUGCAGGAAGUCUGGGCAAUGGCAUGUUCAACAGCCCGGGAAUGCAGAGUCUAAUGCAGCAGAUUUCUGAAAACCCUCAGCUGAUGCAGAACAUGCUUUCUGCUCCCUACAUGCGCAGUAUGAUGCAAUCACUGUCCCAAAACCCAGAGUUGGCCUCCCAGGUUCUUAUGAAUAACCCCUUGUUUGCUGGAAACCCACAGCUGCAGGAACAGUUUAGAUCUCAGCUGCCAAUCUUUCUUCAGCAGAUGCAGAACCCUGAAGCUCUGUCUGUGAUGACCAACCCCAGAGCCAUGCAGGCUCUCAUGCAGAUCCAACAGGGCCUACAGUUGCUGCAGACAGAAGCUCCAGGCCUCAUGCCGAGUUUGAUGACAGGUGGUAUUCCCGGCAUGCCCACUGCAGGAGGCAUGCCCACUGCCGGAGGCAUGCCCACUGCAGGGGUCAUGCCCACAGCAGGACCCAUGCCUACAGGAGGGUCCCUGCCCACAGAGAACCCAGCCACCUCUCCCAGCAGUGCGGGAACAAACAACGCCCAGCAACAGCUGAUGCAACAGAUGCUCCAGAUGUUUGCUGGAGGAGGAAGUGCAACGACCCAGACCCCUGAGGUGCUGUUCCGGUCUCAGCUGGACCAGCUCAACGCCAUGGGCUUCAUUAACCGUGAGGCCAACCUGCAGGCCCUCAUCGCUACUGGAGGAGACAUCAACGCCGCUAUAGAGAGACUGUUGGGUUCACAGCCCUCGUAAAGACAUACAGCGCUCACUGACGCACCAACACAAUACAAGCAUACAGACACACACCUUAGCCACACACACACACAAAAACCCACAGCGUCUUCAGAAAACCAAGAGAAAUCUAAGUGUAUUUUCCCAAUCUUUGAAGAAAAAACUCAGACCGGAACUGUAAUGCCCCCACCCCCUGAUUUUCAUUUGUUCUUAAAUCAUUCCCUCGUCCUUGUACUUUCUCUUUUCUGUCUUCAUUCACCUUAAUCUCUGUUGUGUUCCAGAGUGCUGCUGCUGUAGAGCCAGUUUGAACCUCUUUCACCUUCAGUUGUGUCCUGGUGAAGAGAAACAAAGCCAAACUUUCUGCCUACGUGGAAUUCCCAUGAUUCCUUGAUGCGUUGUUUUCAUGGCAUCCUAGUAGAGCGCAGUAUCACAGAAAGACGUCUACACACACCUUAUUACACCUUAUAGGACGUGAUUGGCGGUUGGCUCUGUUUCACACUUGGCCACUGUGUGACAGGUAGUUAGCGGGAUAUACGACACAUGAAGAACCUCUGGGGGUACAGAGAGGGAAUGAACAGGAGUCUUGUCCAGGUUGUCAAGCCGUACUUCCUAAUUGUUUUGCUUUUACAUAACUAGGUGUUAAAACCCAGGCAUUUUCCCUAUUUAUUGCAAGCGCUUCUGAAAGUGAGGCUUUCCUGUUUUCCCCACUAGUUAAAUGUUAUUCCGUAAAACAGCACCCACUCUCUGGGUGAACACUUUCGCCCUCUGUCCCUCACCCCACACCCUCAGUCGGUGUGUUCACUCAAUAAACCAUAGUUAAAAUCCACACAGCAUCAUCCAGAACUGUACUUUAAAACACCAACAUUACAGCAGCUCCAAAGCAAAGGACACUGCUAGAAUAGGGAUUGAUGGGGGAAAAACUCGUUUCUUUCAUUUUAAUCUGAUACUAUACAUUUUUUCCCAUGAGGUGCAGUCAGUACCAAGAUAAUCUCAAUCUGUCAGGAUUAAAUACAUUUAAAGAAUUUAAAGAAUGAAUAAAUGAUAAUAAAGGCUUUCUCGUAUGGUGGUCCAUACGUUUCUAAAAUCAAGUUCUAGGUUGUCGUACGCUUUUUUUUUUUUCCUUUUGAAAAUUUCCAGCGUUGUAGUUGUUGUAACCUUGGCAACUGCUCUGAUAGCUUUGCUUCGUCUGUUGACCUCAGCUAAAAUAAAAACAACAAAACAUCUCCCAAUUGAACAUGUUGAACUAACUUUUAACAGUACUGUACUAAAUAAUAAAACCUGGUCAAAAAACA